AUGGACAUCAAGAUCAAGGAGAGGUCUGCAAAAGACCUUGGACCCACCCAACAUGUCACUGUUACGGAGCUUGAUCGUCAAGCGCCGGUCACGUUCGUCCGAGAAAAUGGCGAGGAGCAAGCUCAAGUCUAUGGGGCCGGCGAAGCGGUGUUGGGCAAAAAGCUCAGCACGCUCGGCGCCAUUGCUCUAGCUUACACAUCACUCUCGACUUGGAUCGCGUAUUCUGCCAGCGCCGCCACGGCGUUGGCCAGCGGAGGUGCAAAUGUUCUCGUGUGGGGUAUGAUUGUGGUGGGCUUUGGCAACAUGGCUGCCGCUGUCACUGUGGCAGAGCCCGCAUCGCAGUUUCCCCACGCUUCAGGUCAAGCUGCAUGGGUGUAUCGUCUGCACGGGCGACAUUUGUCGUACUUUACUUCGUGGAUCGUGCUGCUGGGCUACGUGUUUCUCAGCGUUGCUGGCCAGCUGAUUACGUCCACGAUCCUGCUAGCCAUGAUCAAUCUCACUUUUCCGUCGUACGUCAUCGAAAGGUGGCACGUCUCGGUGUGCUGCAUUGCAGCUGCUGGCUUUGCCUUUGCGAUUUCGAGCUUUGCUUCCAAACUUGUUUCGCGUCUGAACGUCUUUGCGUUCACUUGGUCUGUAGUGGGUUUGUUGGUCGUAGUCUUGACGCUGCUCAUCCAGUCACGAGGCGACUACAAUACGGUCGAAUUUGCGCUGGUCGACAUUGCCAAUUUGUCGGGAUGGGGCAACAACUUUAUCCCAUGGGUGCUAGGUCUCUCGCAAGCUGCACUCGCCACCACAGCCAUGGACGCACCAAGCCACUUUUCGGAAGAGAUGGCAAAUCCUGCACGGCAGGUACCUUUGGCCAUCUUUGGUGGUUUAGGCAUGAGCAUUGCUGUUACGCUGGGGUACGCGUUCGUGCUCGUCUUUACGCUACCUCAGCUCGAAGACAUCAUCUCAACACCUACUGGGUUUCCCUUUGCCGAGAUUCUCCGCAUCAAGACGUCGCGUUCGGGAGCGAUUGUGCUUCUGCUUAUUCCUCUGAUCUCCUUCUUGAUCACCAUGGCGGACGUGGUGAUGGCAACGACCAGAUGCGUCUACGGGUUUUCCCGACAGCGCGGAUUUCCAUGCUCCACCUUUUUCGGCACUAUCAACACCAGGUUCGACUCACCGCUUCGGGCUGGAGUGCUAGUGAUGAUUAGCCAGAGCCUCAUCUGCUUGAUCUACAUUGGCAACACGGCAGCAUUCAACGCGCUCAUCUCGGCCCCUACACAGUUGCUGGCAGUCUCUUAUGCGAUCGUUGCGUAUGUCUGCCUGGUCUCAAGAUGGCAAGCAAGCAGGCAGAGUGGGACAGGACCCACCACUGAAAAGGUAGACACCGACAAUAUGACUGCAGAAGCUUCGGAUUGUGGAAGCUCAUGGGAUCCUCCGUUCAAGAUGCCCGCACUUUUGACGAUCUCAGCGAACGUGAUCACCAUCGUCUUUACGGUGCUUCUGUGCGUUUUUCUAUCAUUGCCCCCUACGUGGCCGGUGACAAGCGCCAACAUGAACUAUACUUCUGUAUUCCUGGUCGGCAGCUUCGUAUUUCCGGCCGUCUGCUGGAAUCGCUAUAAAGGGGUAUACCAAGGACCUUUGGUUCAUUGA